AUCCAAUUGCACUCCACAAUUUCAAAAAUCAUACUCCUCCCUCUUCAUCACCACUGAUCUUCAGUGUUUGAUAACUCACAUUUCAACUAGGUGAUGGCGGCUUAUGGUGCAGCCAUUUCUCUCAAGAAUACGAUUCAACGUAUUCUACAAUCGCCUCGCAUUUCGCUGGUUUCUGUUUUCACUGGAAUUUCUCUGAAGCCGCACUGGCGACCGGCGAUUUCUCUAAAGAAUAAAAUUCGGCACCGGCGUCCGGUGAUCUUUCUGAAGAAUAAAUUUUGGCACCGGCGACCGGUGAUUUCUCCGAAGGAUAUAAAUCGGCACCGGCGACUGGCGAUUUCUCUGAAGAAUAAAAUUCGGCACCGGCGGCGAUCCUCUCAACGCAUCCUACAACAGACAUACGAUGCCAUGUGUCGCUUGCAGAAAGUCUUGUUGAAAUUGGAGAAGACCGGGUACAGCAAGAUCAGGACGAGGGUGAAUGAUUUGGAUGAUCGAAUCAAAGAGAUCAUAUGGGUAAUCGAAGAUUUAAUAGAAUAGCAUCUCUAUGAUCAGAUUGUUGCAUAACUCGAAAGCUCGCAACGAGGUGAGGGAGAUCACUUGUCUUUCUCCGCUGAUCUGCAUAAUCUGCAACGCUGCGUUGAUUACUUACUCGAGAGGGUGAGGGUGAUGAAGGUGGAGUACCGUGAUGCACUGGCGAAUAUGCCUGAAGAAAAAGGCGAACCUAUUCGCUCAAGGAUUGAUAUUGGUGGAAUCAGCUCCGAGAUGGUUGGAUCAUCUGAUCAAUUUGAACGAGUCCGGGAUUAUCUACUUGCAAGAAUACGUGGAUUGAGUUUUAUAGUGGUUAAAAAUUGGAUAUUUGUUAUUGGGAUGGCAGGGGUUGGGAAGACAACUCUGGCAAAGAAAGUAUUUGAAGAUCCAAUGAUUCAGAGACAUUUCGAGCUUCGAGCAUGGGUCAAAGUGGGCAGAAAAUGUGAAUCCAAUGAAACAUUACGAUGCAUUCUGGCUCAAGUGGAUCCCAACACUCGCGACCAAAUGCUUACCCAAGGAGAGGAUGGCGACGACGACUUUGAGAAAUUAGUUGGAGUCUUGGAAGAGAUAUUGAAGGAUAAGAAGUGUCUCAUUGUGAUGGAUGAUGUAUGGGGUUGGGACAGACGACUAAUGGAUAGACUACGAGAAUUGAAUGUUGGAAUCUUACUUACAAGUAGGUUAAGAUUUGAUAAAGAACCUCCAUCAUUUGAGAAAAUGCUGGAGGAAAUCUUAUUUCGAAGAAUGAUCUGUGGACAUAAAGGAUCUCCAUUGGAAGUAGUAGGCUUGUUGAGUGAUGAAGAAAGUAAGAAAUUACUUGGUGAGAAGGUGUUUGGUGAAGAGGGGUUCCCUCCUCACCUCGAGAAAUUGGGGGAGAAGAUUGCCAAAAAAUGUGAGGGUCUUCCACUUAUGAUAGUCAAAGUUUCAGAGCUUCUAUCCGAGAAAGAUAAGACCCCGGAAUUCUGGACCGAGGUAGCUGAGAGACAACAUAAUCCAAUGUUCGAGGAUGCAUAUGAUCAGAUAUCUGAGGUACUUUUCCCUAGCUACGAUUACUUGCCCCAAUAUUUAAAAAUGCUUUUCCUCUAUCUGGGAGCUUUCCCUCCAUAUAGUAAUAUUGACAUAACAAAUAUCUUCAAUCUUAUGAAUGCUGAGGGAUUUGUUCAAUCAAUUGGGACACAAAAAGAUUUUACGAUAGAAUAUAUUGGAAAGAAGCUUCUUACACAGUAUCAUCUUAUGCUAAUCGAAAGUGGUGGAGGAUCUAUGUUUACAGCAGGCAAGUUCCGCGUACAUUCUUGCUGGCAGCAUUUGUGUAGGAAAGAAGCUAGUAAGAUCAAGUUUUUGCAUGUUUUACAAAGUUGGGAUAAUGUUAUGAAAGACCAGCGUCGUUUGGGUGCCCAUUGCAACACUUUGUUUGCCUUUAAACAAGUGUCCGAUUCAGUAAGUGAUUGUGCAUCCACCAUCCGGUCUCUCCUUUUUCUUGGUCCUUACCACCGAUUUCCGGUUUCAAUACCUGCCAAGGAUUACAAGUUGUUAUGGGUACUAGAUGCUCUCAGAGUCAGAUUUUACCAUGUCCCACUUGAAAUCCUGAAACUAGUGUGUCUAAAGUACCUUUCCCUAACUUGCAACAACGAGAUCCCUAUAUCCGUAUCCAACCUUUUUCAACUUCAAACCUUGAUUAUCGGACAACAUAUGAAAAUUAAAAAGCGAGGAUGCGACUCAUAUGUUCCGGUGGAAAUAUGGAAUAUGCAAGAACUACAACAUAUCGGAAUCCGGGGAAGAGACUUACCAACUCCUAAUUCUGAUGCUACUUUGGACAAACUCACCUGUCUUCGUGGUGUGAGUGUGAAGAGUUGCACUAGAGAAAUUCUUAAAAGAAUUCCAAAUUUGAAUGAAAUAAGAAUCGGCAUGGAGUUCAAGCCUUAUGGUGAUGAUGAUGACUUGUGCAACGCAAUGAGUGGCUUGGGUUAUAUAUCAGAAGAACUUCAGAAUUUGGAGUCACUUUCAUAUUGGGUAGUGAACCCUGAUAUGCAACAUGUGUGUAUGGUUCCUCUUGAAAUGUUCCCAUCAAGCCUGAGAUAUUUGCGGUUGAGUGGCUUAGGGUGCCCUUGGGAGUACCUUAAUCAUAUUGGUCCGCUGCUACCAAUUCUUUUCACUCUCUCCUUAGAAAGUUAUGCCUUUCGUGGCCCAGAGUGGGAUAUAGAAUCCAAGUGUUUUUUGAAUCUUGUAACACUUAUAAUUGAAGACACUGAUUUGGUGGAAUUGAGAGCUCAACACGGAAGCCUUCAAAAGCUUGAGAUGCUAAGCAUUCAGCAUUGCUACAAAUUCAAACAACUCGAUUGGACGCGUGAUCCCUCAACGGCCACAAUGCUGACAAUUGAAUUAGUGGACUGCAGUCCCAGUGUUAUAUCUUCCCCCAUGCAAUUACAUGGUGCUGGCUUUAAAGUUCAUUUGCACACUUCUUACCUAGAUGAGAAGUCGUAGCAAGAGUUUCAGCUGGAUUUACAGGCAAAUGAGACAUCAGAAGGGGUGAGGAGCUACGUUAUCCCAUCAUUUCAAUUGUAUUAAGGAUAUUUGUUGAAUUUCGGUGAGGAUUGUGAAACCUAAAUGUUAAAUUAUGUUUGAUUUGUGUGAAAACAUUACAUGAAUUUUUCUAUAAUUCAGGGAUUGUAUUAAGGAUAUUUGUUGAA